UGCUGGAUAUAGUGUGUCAUGUGGGUGGUAUCAUUUGGAAUUAUGCUCACAGUUAGUGCGGUCGCUCAAACGUUGACAGACAGUGCGGUUUUUCUUUCUUUUAUCAGAACACUGAUUUCUAUCUCUUUGAUUGGCUUGCCUUCACUUGCCCUGGACAAAUUUGUUUAAGAAACAACAAGAUUUUAUUUUUUUUAAAGUUGGCAGUUUUCCAUUCACCGGUUGGAAGAAAGGGUUGGUUAUUUUGGGUGGUUUCUUGUUGUCAAGCACUGAGUGUUGAGCCUUCCGCUGCGGUUUCUCUAUACGAAACACAGGCUUUACUGAAAACCUUUCGCAUCCAUGUUUGAAACGGCUGUCCUGAUGCAUGUUAUCGGUGACUAGGAUAGAGUGCUGUCGCAGUAGUAACUGAUCCGUAUUGGAUUUGGAAAGCACAGCUUUUCAGGGCUCGGUUGUUUGUUGGGCAUCGCACUGAUCACAGACACCAGAAGCUCAAUUUGGCUGCUGACCCUGCUUGCUGAAGUCUGCACAUCACUGCUCACAGUAUCCAGCAGAGGACACAGCUCCUACUCUGGACUACAGCACUGUAGAGACCAUCUCCGUACUGCACAGUGCACACAGUUUGCAUAGUGUCUAUACACCAACAGUGGAGCAACCCGCAUCGACGGAGCAACCGUGCCGCCCGUUCUCACCACCGGUCGAGUGAUUCAGCGCCCGGUCGCCAGUCAACGGCAUCAGCCCCAGCAUCCUCGUAGUACACGCACCCGCAUGCUGCACACUGCUUACCGUUGUCGUUCAUACAGUACAGUCAACGGCACGUUCAGCAAGUGUUGAAGAUUUUGAUACAAUGGAGGCCAACCCAAUGUCCAUGUACUACAGCUGGCAACUUUACCUCUCGGCCUGCCGGGACCAAAACAUUUACCUGUGGCACAAAGAGCUGAAGAAGGUUCGGGCCAGCACCGGCCCACCCACCCCACCCCUAACGCCAACCAGCCAACACCAACUCCAAUCCUUCAUUCCCGCCGGACCCGUCUCCGCUCACGCCGCGUUCGCCCUUCACGGCAACAUCCAGUACACAGGCCUGCAGAAAAACGGCGAACCGAUGCCCCUCCUACCCCUGAACACGAUCAGUCCGGUUUGGGGCGGGCAUCACCAAGGGUACCCAUCCCCGUGGCAUCUGUUGCCUGGUGCCUUGCAAACCGGCGCCCUGCCUGCCAGCGAGCUGGUCCACCGAGCACUCAGUCUUGACUACAGUAAGGACACGGCACGGAUGUCGCAACAACCGCAACGGGCGCCGAAAUUUGACUUUGCCCACUUGGCGCUCGCCGCCACCCAGCCCUGCAGCGCCGACGAGAAUCUUGCCAAGGGUUUGGUUUCCCUACCCCACCCGCAUCCCCACCCGCAUCACCACCCCCACCCAGAGGAACGACGGAGGGGGCGGGGCCCGACGCGCGCCAAGAAGGAGUUCAUCUGUAAGUUCUGCGGCCGGCAUUUCACCAAGUCGUACAACUUGUUGAUCCAUGAGCGUACCCACACGGAUGAGCGACCAUUCUCUUGCGACAUCUGCCAGAAAGCGUUCCGACGACAAGAUCAUCUUAGAGAUCAUAGGUAUAUCCAUUCUAAGGAGAAGCCCUUCAAGUGUCCAGAGUGCGGUAAGGGGUUCUGCCAGGCACGCACCCUAGCAGUCCACAAGACCCUACACCUCCAGGAAUCGCCCCAUAAAUGCUCCACCUGCGGACGCACCUUCAACCAGCGUAGCAAUCUCAAGACCCACCUCCUAACGCACACGGACAUCAAGCCGUACAACUGCGAGCACUGCGGGAAAGUGUUCCGGCGUAACUGCGACCUGCGGCGGCACAGCCUGACCCACGGGGAAGGGGGCGAGGGGCUCAUCGUGUCGGGGGGCGAGGAGGCGUCCGGCCUGGAGGAAGGGGAACUGGAAGUCGAAGUCAGCGUACAGGAGAACACCCUUAGUGACAAAAUCCCACAGGUCGCCAUAGCAACAGUACAAUAAUUUAGUCUGGUUCCGGUGAUGAGGUCUGGCUCCGGACUCGAAAAUAAUUUGUGACGCGACCAUACAAAAUGUGUCUAAGUACGAACAGGUCGCA